AUCAUUCAGUAGGAUUCCCAUAUUUGAAAGACCAGAAAAACAAAAUUGUGCAGAACUUUAGAUUUUGCAUCAUUAUAACUAUUGAAAUGUAAUUAAAUAGAUUGGUAUAAAUUUACUAAAGUUAGGAAGAUUAUGUGAAGAUACCACUCUUCCUGCUUACGAUUUAAAUUUAUCAUGUAGGAUCUUAAAAAAUGCUCCUAUCCAAAUUUCAGUGAAUAAAAAACGAUACAUUUUUGGAAUAGUAACAACUGGUGAACAAUAAGGAUUUUAUUAUCAUUAAAUAUCAACCAAAAUGUCAUCAGCAUUAAUUGAAUGGUGCUGUUCAGAGCUCUCGAAACUACUAGGUUUUCCAGCAACUGAAGACUUUGCAAGGUAUAUUUUAAAUAUUGAAAAUCAGAAUGACUUGGAAGAAUAUCUGUCAGACAUUUUGGAUCCAACCAUUUCUAGCCACAAAUGUUUCAUCAAAGAAUUACUUUUGCAGUGGAAGCAAGGCAGAAACAAAGACUCUCCAUCUCAAGUAAAAGUAUACAUGAAACCAGAUACAGGAGAAGACUAUGUAAAGGGUGAAAAAAAGUGUAAAUCUUCAAAGAAAAAAGGACUAUUAGAAAAAAAUUCAAACAAUCAGAGUUUAGAAAAUGACACUCCAAGCAAAGCUAUUCACUUGGAAACAUCACCUGAGCCACAAAGUUUGAAAAAGAAAAAGAAGUUUGUGUCACUUUACAGUAAGGAGGGUCAGCUUAAGGACAUAAUUAUUUUACCAGGAAGACACCCAUGUCAGUGUGAAGCCUCAAAACAUAAACUGGUCAACAACUGCUUAAAAUGUGGACGUAUUGUCUGUGAACAAGAAGGUUCCGGCCCGUGUUUCACGUGUGGAAGUCUGGUUUGUUCAAAAGAGGAACAAGAAAUAAUACAGCGUGGGUCUAGAAAGAGUGAGAAACUACUUCAGAAGUUGAUGGGAGAAAGUUAUGAUGGACAAGAUAAAGCUGUGCAGAAAAGUGGAUACGAUGCUGCUGUUGAACAGAAGAACAGAUUGUUGGAAUAUGAUAAAAAUAGUGAAAAGCGAACAAGAGUCAUUGAUGAUGAAAGUGAUUACUUUGCUGUGGAAUCCAAUAAAUGGCUUACAAAAGAGGAACGAGCCAAGAUGUCACAAAAACAGAAAGAACUUCAUGCAAGGCGACAUGUUUCACGACUGAAUCAGAAAAUUACUUUAGAUUUUGCUGGUCGUAGAGUUCUAGAACAGAGUGAUGAAGUUGAUUUCCAAAAAGAAAUUGAUGACGAGUUUGUUCAAGCUGCUAAUUUUAGUUCCAGAAUAUGUGAAGAAGAUAGGAUAAGUGAUUCAAUGAACAAUCUAAAUGUUGAUCCUCAUAUUUCAGUUUCUCCUCCUGUUUAUGAAGAUUCGGGUAGUCAUGUUUUCCACAUUAAAGAAAACAGCAAAAGACAACAAACAAACUUUAACAGCCUGAAAAAAAACCUUCGGAUCCAAGAUCGAGAGCUUCAGGAGAUGUCUGAUGAUGGAAAGUGUUUAAGCAUGCACCAGCCUUGGGCUUCCUUGCUGAUCAUGGGAAUCAAAAAACAUGAAGGAAGAACUUGGUACACACCUUAUAGAGGUCGACUGUGGAUUCAUUCAGCCAGCAAAGUGCCAUCUCAUCAAGAGAUCACAGAGACAGAGCAAAUAUACCGUAUCUUAGAAUGUGAUGAUUUUAUCAAAUUUCCAGAGCAGUAUCCUACUGGAUGUCUGCUAGGAUGUGUGGACUUGACAGAAUGUCUUCCUCAAGAACAAUACAGAGAACAGUAUCCUGAUGGGGAGUCUGGAUCACCAUACGUGUUUAUCUGUGAAAACCCUCAAGAACUGUUGGUGAAGUUUCCAAUGAAGGGAAAACAUAAGAUAUUUCAGUUGGACUCCCGUAUUCAUGAAGCUGCUAAGAAAACCCUUCGAAAGCCAACCAGUCAUAAAGGAUGAUAGUAUUAUUAUAUAUAUAUAUAUAUAUAUACUCGUGUGUUUGCAUAUUCCUAAUUCAUCACCAAAUUAUUACUACAUGUUUAGUUGUUUCAUUUUACUAAAAUUAUGAUGAAAUACGUAUUUUAAAUCCUUAUAUUUGAAAAGUAACAACAGGUAUUGUGAAGCUAAUUAUUCCAAAUAUAUGGAAUGUCAUGUUAAUUAUAGUAAACUUUACAAUAAACUUGUAAAGUAUACAAGUAGAGACAUCAGACUUUUAUCAAAGCUUAUAUUUCUUUGAUUUCACAAUUUGCUGUAUGUGAUAAUUAGCUUUACUCUAGAACUCGGUACUUUUUGGCCAUCUUUGGUUUCAUUGGACAUAAUCAGUCUACAAUUUUCCACAGUUGAGUUUAAAAGAACUUUUGCUUUUUUAGAACAUCAGUUAUUUGAAUUAUCUUGUUUACACUUCCAAGGGAAAUUCAUACUUCGAAUUUGAUCUUGGAUUACUUUGGUGACAAACUGUUUAACUUUCUUCACUACCUGCAUUCUACAACUAGUAAUCAAUUGGGGUAAGCCUGUGGAAUAAUGCCGUCCCUUAUUUGACUGUCAUGGUUCAACACCACAGUUACCGUUUUCUUCAAAAUAAUUUUGCAAGUUGUAUGCUUUUAUACCUAUGGAACAGGAGAAUCUCAUAUCAGAAAGCCCUGUAAUGUAUUCCUCUCAGAAGGGGAUAUAUCAUAUGAAUUGCAACAAAAGUGCUUAUAAAAUGUAUAGCCACAGGCCGUGGAGAUGUCCAGUGGUAAACUGAUUUGAUAUGCAAAUUGUAACCAUAGAUUGUGAAAAACUCUUUGAUAUUGGACCAUUUCAUCAGGUUAUGAUUCUUGGUAUCGCAGAAUUUGAACACAGGGUAGUUCAAGAUUUAAAAAAAAAUGAUUUCCAUUAACUUAAUAUAUUAUUCCAAAAUGGCAGUUUCCAUUAGGUAUUGUUAUAUGAUACUUGGAGAACACACGUGAUGAUAACAAAGGAACUUGGUAAAUCAAGAUCUUUCUUCAUCUUGAUCAAGAUAAGCACCCUUUCUGGAAGUUAUUGAGUUGUUGUUCCUUUAAAGAUGAUGUAACAUGUAAAAAUUAAAAGUUGAUAUUAUAACUUUCUGUGAGUAUAAUGAGUUUUAUCAUCUGAUCUACAUAACCAAAAGGGUAAAGAAAUAUGCUGAGUUCCAGAACAUAAUCAAAUGUGUUUUGGGAGUUGGGAAAUUCUACUUCUCUGAGUAGAAAAAAAGCUGACACCAAGUUAAACCUUCAAGAUAUAUUUAUGGGUGUGUUUGGUAAUUACGUGUUGUAUCCAUCGGGUCUUACAUAAUAAUUUUAUAAAGUUUUGUAUUAGCCAUAUAUAUUUUAUGUGCAUGUUAAAAUUUCGUGGAAAUUUCAAUCAGACUGAAAUUAUCAAGUGAUAAGGAAACUGAAACAGUAUACGUUGUAUAUGUUUAAAUGUUGCAAUCGUUAAUUGCAUCAAAACCUGCAAUAUUUGUUUUGUUUGAGUCAGCGUGAGAUUCUUGUAUAUGUGGUGAUAUUAAUGUUUCUCAACGUGCCGAUUAGAACUGUUUGUGGACCAUAUCUUCAUCUGUAGGACACUACUGAGGAUAUAUAUGUGUACACAUACAUAAAUAUACUUUCAGGAACCAUCAUGAUACCAUACCAAUGAUUACCAGAAGAUGGGGUAGAUACAGUCUUUAUUUGUCAGUGAUAAAAAGCAUUUGAUAAAAUGUAAUUCUGCCACGUAAGGUGUGUAGCUCAUAACUUAUCGAUAUUAUUUGUUUACAUUUGUAAUCACUAAGGCUUAGUGCAGAUAACGUAAAAUUCUCGGGACAAGUUUGAGUAAAAUUCGAUGUAAUUCUUAAUAGAUUAAAGUACGUGAUUUAAGAGAAAUGUUUGUUUUUAUGGUGUUCUACACGGUCAUAAAGUGGAAGAAAACCUGUUUGAUUAGAAAGUUGUAAACAAAUAAUUCUCAUGACUGAGUGUUAAAACCUUUCCAGCAGUUUGGCGGUAAUAUGUAAAAAAAAAGAUAGUUGGUGUAGCUUUCGGGUGAGGGGAUAGUUUUUAAAAUAAUAAUCAUAUAAAGUAUAGUUCCGCUUCAACCUGUUUCUUACCAGUGUAUCGCGUAGUUUUAAAACGUACUCUGUUCUUCAAAAGGAGUCGAAAUGACAAAUGAGUGAUGCAAAGCCACAAAAACAUACCAUAUAUGGAAAGCAACCUAGGCCUGUCCUGUAAUAAACCGAAGAAACCUUACAAUGUACGUCACGCCACAUAAUUACGUAAAGGCUUGCCGUAAUAGUACUUCUAAGACAACAUGACUCUACUUUUUAAGCUUCCAAGACUUACAACUGUUCAACAACUAAAACAAAAUUUUACUUCAUCUACCAGUAAAACAAGAUUAAACGUCUGAAGUUGUAUAAUCUUAUUUAACUUUCUUAUUUUGAAAUCACUGUCUUCGUUUGGGCGAAAUUUUGUUACGUUUGAUAAAGUAUUUGCAGUAAGUACAAAUUAGUAGUUUAUAAUGAACGAUUCUUUACGUUAAAUGUAAUAAUAUGUGAAACAUUAUUAAAAUGAUUAUGAAGCACUACCGUAAGUUGAUACCAUUAUGUAUCUAUGACCUACUUAUUGUAAUGCAUUGUUUUGCUUUAUCGUUAUGAAAAAUUCCAUCUUAUUUAAUUUAAAAAGUACCACGAAAAUAAAUCGGUUCCAUCCCUGUAUCUCAAAGAAAUCUGUAAAAAUCCAAGAUAUUUUUAAAAGUUAAAAGUAGAUCGUGUUCUAAAAUGGAAUCAAAACUGCUUUAUAUUCGUAAUCCUGAUACAUCUAAUACCAAAACUUGUACUUGUUAAUAUUUAUAACCUGUGACAGUUAGCUUCAGUGGAAAGAGCAACUUAACAGAAUUCGUUUUAAAUUUACUAGUGUCGCAUAUUUGUUUACAGUUUUUAAACUAAAUGUUGUGGGUAAAAGUCGUCUUAGAACAAACGUUCUGACAGAUCAUCCAUGCUAGCUCUCUUUGUUUUACAUCUGCGAUAUUUGGAUUAUGUCUGAUAGAUGAAAUAACCUCAACUAUUUUGAAACCUGUUGCCGAAGACAUUUUCCUAUUAAAAUUAUACAAUUUACAUUUCCCUAUCAAGUGAUAUAAUUAUUUGUUUUGUUGGUAGAAUUAUCUUUCUUUAUAAAUUUGGUUUUAUUUAUGAACGUAUGUAUUUACAUACCUAACUGUAAAAUUUGAUAUACGAGUAAUUAGUAUUACAUAAAAUCAACAUAAACUAAUGUAAAAUCUGCAGAAUAAAAUACAUUUGGCACAAUGCAA